AUGGCAGCAGCAAAUGAGAACUCCGUGCAGCAGCAUUUGUACUUCUCGAGCUGUGGUGAAGAGGACAGCAGUGACACCAGCGUGGAGGACUGGGUGCCCAGAAGUGUGUCGCUAAGAAGUCCAUCUUCUGCCUGCCAAACCCCAAGAGUGCAGCGCCACCGCACCAGAAAUAACACACCAGCUGCACCAGUCUCGCCAUCUGUGCCAACCUCACCGAUACCUUAUGCUGCCUGGAGAAAGCUUAGACUUUGUGAUUCCCCCAGUACACCAAAGAGUCUGCUGUCCAAGUCUGCACUACCUUACUCAAGCACAAAGCCAUGUCGCAGCCAGAGAGUCCUGUACCGGCCUGCUGCAUCUGCCCCUGCACCCUCGGUCAAUAUAAACCCUUUCACACCAGAUACAGUACGAAGGAACAGUGAGCACUGUAAGAGGAAGAACUGUAGAAGUGAUGGUGAUGAUGAUGAUGGGUACAGGUUAAAGGAAACGCACACUUCAUCUGAAGAUGAAAGCUAUUUUCUGCCAUCUAAGAGACCAGCAGUGCCAGCCCUCAUGCUGUCACGUUAUGAGAGUGAGUUCCUGGAGCUGGGCCGGAUUGGUGUGGGCGAGUUCGGUGCUGUUUAUCGUUGUGUGAAGAGGCUGGAUGGCUGCAUGUACGCCAUCAAACGAUUGCGCAGGCCACUUGCAGGUUCAGCCAAUGAGCAGUUGGCCUUAAAAGAGGUAUAUGCCCAUGCUGUGCUGGGACAUCACCCACAUGUUGUGCGUUACUACUCGGCUUGGGCAGAAGACGACCAUAUGAUCAUUCAAAAUGAGUACUGUGAUGGUGGAAGCCUCCAUGAUGUCAUAACAGAGAAGGAAGAACAGGGGGAGUUCUUUAAAGAGCCAGAGUUGAGGGAUUUGCUACUUCAGGUCUCAAUGGGACUCAAGUACAUCCAUGCAUCAGGCCUUGUCCAUCUUGAUCUCAAACCCAGUAACAUUUUCAUCAGCUAUUGGCCCAGCUCCAGUGCUGGAGCAGCAGGAGACAGUGAAGAGGAAGAUGAUGGACACACUUCAUCAGGGGUAGUUUAUAAAAUUGGGGAUCUUGGUCAUGUCACCUCCAUCUCAAGUCCUCAGGUGGAAGAGGGAGAUAGCCGCUUUCUAGCAUGUGAAGUUUUGCGAGAGGACUACACACACCUGCCCAAGGCAGAUAUCUUUGCCCUGAGCCUGACAGUGCUGUUAGCAGCUGGAGCCCCACCACUGCCACAGAAUGGAGAUGAGUGGCACCGCCUUAGGCAGGCGCACUUACCCAGCCUGCCCAAUGAAUUAACGCCAGCCUUAAGAAAUAUUUUACAGAUGAUGCUGGACCCUGAUCCUGCUGUGAGGCCAUCCUCGUCUGCAUUGUGCAGGCAUCCAGUGCUGCGCAGAGAGAGAGCUGGAAAACUGGCUGCAGAGCUGCGCAGAGAGCUUAAUGUGGAAAAGUUCAGGACUGCAGUGCUGGAAAGGGAGCUCCAAGAGGCUCGGUUGGCUGCAGUCUCACCUCAGCAACCUGCACUCACCUCAGGAUGCACCAAUUUGCAGACUGGCUCACUUCCUAGAUCAGGACGGAGGCUGGUGGGGCGAAACGCAGCUCGAUCCAUGAGUUUUGGCUGCCUGUGACCACCACACUUCCAUAAUGGGCAUAACUGGUCUGGAGAGGCUUUGAUGGUUUUUCACCAUAAUGUGUGGAUUUCUCCACAAUGUUGGUCUUUUAAUGAUUUUUAUCCUUGUAAAUAAAGAUUUUAAAUGCCUUAA